CGCCCCUCCCCGAGUCCACCCUAAAGUCAAGAACGUCCCGCCUCUCUCCAGGGAGACUAAGGCGCCCGCCGGCGGGGUUGCACUGAAACAGGAGAAUCCUCCCUUCCCCGUCAGCGGUCGAUGGGGUUCUCUCCCGAGGCGGCAGGAGCAGGACCGCUCUUGCACCCCAAGGCCCCUCGGCUUCGGCCCCCUAGGUGUCACGGUCAGCGAGACCCCGCGCUGGAAGCCGCAGGCCGAGGUCGACAGCUGCGGAGAGAGAGGGUCGUGACAGGAAACUGCGGGUCGCCGCAGAUGCGAGUCACCAGGCAUCCCGGAGGUUCCCACUGCGGCGAGCCUCGUUCAAAUCAGCCGCCAGUAUCUUUCUGGAUCCAUCCAAAUGGGUCCCUUGUUUCUCCUUACGGGAACCCUGGGCCUCCUUCCAGGCCGGAACCCAAGUGUUCAGGCAGCCGGGAAAGGCCGGCCCCCUUUUUAAGUUCUCGCAAGACCUCUAGCCACUUCCGGCUGCUAACGGUUCUCAAGCAGCUCCCGAAAACGCUACGUGAGCUGGGCCCUGGGCCAGAGGCAAAAAACCGACGGAAGAAAGUCUGGCCGAGAUGGUCUCACUCUGUCACCCAGGCUGGAGUGCAGUGAGUGGCGUGAUCAUAGCUCAGUACAGCCUGAAAUUACUGGGCUCAAGCGAUCCUGUCACCUCAGCCUCCUGAGCAACUGGAACUACAGGCGUGAGCUACCCAGCGUGGCUCAUUCAAGGUUUCUGAGUUAGAGGAGUAACAUAAUUAAACUUAGGUACUGAAAUUAUUAUUUUGGCUGCUAUGUUAAUAAUAGACUUGAAUGUGUAGGGGUUGGGCAAGGACGGAAGCAGGGAGAUAGGUUGGAAAGCUGGAGUGGGAAGCGCCUUUUUAAGAAUAAUACAAAACCCUAAAGACAUAAAACUGAAAAAUCCAUGGAAGAAAAGAUAGAUGAAACUGGCCUUGUAAAAUCAAAAUUUUUGAAUGAAAAAAGUAAGAUUAAAAUAUAAGCUAAAAGUAAAAUAUGCCACACAUCUAAAAGACACAGCUGAUCUUCCUAAUAUAAAAAGAACUUUUAUCUUACUAAAAAAUAAAAAUAUGAACAAGCCAAUAGAAAAUAGACAAAGUACUUAACCUGCAUAAAUUCAUAGAACACAUAAUUAAGAAUAAUGAAUGUGAAAAGGUUCAUGAAUAAGAAUUUAAAUAAAACAAGAAUGAGAUUUUUAAAAAUCUUUCAGAUUGCUGAAGACAAGUGAUUUACAAUAUUCAGUGUUAGAACGUGUAUGGAUAUACAGGCACACUUAGUUGUACAGUUUUGGAAGGUAAGAUUUAUUUAGAAAAGUUGUCCAUAUCCCUUGAUUCAACAACUUAGCUUCUUGGAAUUAUCCAUAUAGAAAUGCUUACAUAAUUGUUUGAACGUAUGUAUAAAGAAGCACUGUGUAUUUAAAUUGGGAAACUUGAAUGCCUAAAAUUUGGGAAUUUAAAUUUCUAUAUGUCUGUUCAUUAAAAUCUCACCCAGUUUUUAGAAACUAAAAUAUGCCAAAGGUAUAUUGAGUAAAAUAAAACGUUAGAAAACUUA